AUGGGAAAGAGGAAAAUUGCACGUGCUAAAAAAUCAGAAUCACUUGAGGAAGAAAAAACUGAAAAUGUCGUAGUUUUACCAUCUGUCAUAAGUUCGGACGAACCUCCUGCAAAAAGAACCAAAUGGAUAAACAAACAAAGAGUAUUGGUGUUUUCUACACGAGGAAUAUUGGCUCAAGCUCGGCAUUUAAUGAAUGAUAUGAAAAGAUUAAUGCCACAUUCUAAGCGAGAGCCCAAAAUGGACCAUAAAGAUGACUUCAGAGUUGUAAAUGAGAUUUGUGAAACGAGAAACUGUAAUAAAUGUAUAUUUUUUGAAGCUCGUAAAAAGAAAGAUUUAUACAUGUGGUUAUCUAACAUUAAUGAAGGUCCUUCUGCCAAAUUCCUUGUUGAAAAUGUGCAUACAAUGUGUGAAUUGAAACUGACUGGCAACUGCUUGAAGGGUUCUAGGCCAUUGCUCUCUUUUGAUGAGAAAUUUGAUAAAGAACCUCACUGGAAAAUUUUAAAAGAACUUUUUAUACAGAUUUUUGGAACUCCAAACCAUCAUCCCAAAAGUCAGCCUUUCAUUGAUCAUGUGUUCUUCUUCUCUAUUUUGGACAAUCGUAUUUGGUUUAGAAAUUAUUCCAUAACAGAUGAAUUAGCUUCACUUACUGAAAUUGGUCCAAGAUUUGUACUAAAUCCAGUCCGGAUAUUUGAAGGUAGUUUAGGUGGCCCUACUUUGUAUGUGAAUCCGCAUUAUCAAUCACCCAAUGAAUAUCGAAAACUUCUUCGCAAGAAAUAUGCUACUAAGUACAUGGGUCGUGUGAGUGCAAAAAUUGGCCAUGAAGAACGCAAGCUGAAAGAGUCCUAUAAACUUGAUCAAACCAAUGAUGUCUUUGUCACUGUUGGGCCAGGAGAUGUGGAAGAAUCAUGA